GAGCAGGCAGCGAGCGCGAACGGCUGGUGCACAAGGAGCGAUUGGCAGCGGCCGUAGGACACCUCGACCGACGCCGACCCUGCGACGGCCACCUGCGACUACGAAGAGUUCCUCCCUUUCGCCCCAGGUACACCGGUCACCGGCGGCUUCCGAAGCUCGCAGCCUGGUUUCACCGCCGCCCGCCGGUGUGCCGUCUUUGCCCCAACGCCAUUUCAGAGUUUGCGGCGCCGUUCUCUUCAGAUGUUCUAAUUUUCGCCAAGUGGAGGGGCCGCUCGCAAUUUGUCGUUGUUGAAUUUGUCUACAGAGUCCGCCGCUUCCGGCCUCCCAUUCUCCUCCGCGCGCUUCAGCGUUGACCUCGCAGUCCCCUGCCCUCGUCAACUCCGUCUCUCCGGCAUGGCGGAAGCAGCCGCCGCCGCCGCGCUCGCCAAGGGCGCUGCCCUUUUCGUGGGGAAGACAGGCGCAGGUGCGGCGAUCACCUAUCUCGUGAAGACCGCCCUGGGCCGCCUCUCCGCGGAGGACGAAGACCUGCGCGGGAGGCUGACGGCGAAGCUGCCGGCCAUCGAGGCCGUCUUCUGCGCCGCAGAUCAGCCGCGGGUCCGGGAGGACAAUUUCCUGGGCCCGUGGCUGUGGCAGUUCCGGGCCGCUAUGCAGGAGGCGGAGGACGCGCUGGACGAGCUGGAGUUCCUGGAUCUGGAGAAGGAGGCCCGGAACCUGAGAGCCAAGGAGGCCAAGGAUUGGAGCGUGAGGAUGUCCUCCCGCCUCCCUAGCAUCGGCGCUGGGUUGCGACGGUCUCUCAACACCGCUCGCGGCGGCGGCACCACCAAGGGUCGGCUGAAGGAUGCUCUCAAGAGGCUGGAUUCAGUCCUUGACGAUGUUGAGAAAUUCGUCGCCACCAUGGGGCUUCGUCUCCAUCCUUCUUCCUCUGAUGAUCAAGGGUAUGUCCAAGAUCUGGCCAGCAGGCGCGAGACCACGAGGGAGCUAACAACGGUUGCUUUUGGGCGGAAGAGCGAAAAGGACGCCAUAGUCGAAUGGCUCGGCAUUCAAGCUAUGCAGGCCAGAGAUUAUGAAUUGUCGGUGUGCGCAAUAGUCGGCGUUGGAGGUAUGGGGAAAACAACCCUUGCCCAGCUUGUCUGCCAAGAUAGGGAAGUUAAGGACCAUUUUGGUGACAUGAUUAUCUGGGUGCAUGUCUCUAAGCGCUUUGAUCCGAAAGUGCUGGUGCGGACGAUCUUGGGAUCAAUCAACCGAGACAAAGCUAGUGCCGAGGCCUUGGACCCUCUGCAAUCAGAUCUUACUAAAGAGUUGCUGACUAAAAGGUUUCUGCUGGUUUUGGAUGAUGCAUGGGAGGACACGCUACAUGAGAGAUGGGAACAAUUUUUAGCUCCACUCAGAAAUAGUGCCCCAAUGGGAGGCAGGAUCUUGCUCACAACCCGAAAGGGAUCUGUGGCUGAUGCAGUUAAACGCCAGAUGCCAGCUGGAUAUAAAUGUAUGGAACUGAGGGGUUUAGAUCAGCAAGACACUCUAAAGCUCUUCAAUCAUCAUGCGUUCGGUAGCUCGACUCAGAAUGAUAAUUCAGAGAUCCGAUUGAUUGGUGAACAGAUUGCUAGAAGGCUCUGGGGUUGUCCUUUUUUAGCAAAAGUAAUUGGUCAGCAACUGAGGGACAAUACAGAUUGUCAAAAAUGGAAAAACAUCUUAAACCAAGAUAUCCACCAGUUUGAUGAAAUUGCACCUAGAAUUAUAGAGAUGCUCAGGUUGAGCUACGAAGACCUGACUUAUGAGGUGCAGCUUUGUUUUCGAUACUGCAGCAUAUUUCCUCCACAUUACAAGUUCAAGAUGGAAGCAGUGAUCGAGAUGUGGGUGAGUUCAGGUUUAAUUUUGCGAAGGGAAAAUGGUCUGAAGAACCGGGAGGAUAUUGCUAGAGAGCACUUCAAUAUUCUGACACGAAAAUCAUUCUUUUCAUUGUUACCCAGAGAACUGAAUGCUGAUCCUUCUGAAGAUUACUAUGUCAUGCAUGACUUGAUUUAUGAAUUGGCCUGUUCUGUUUCAACUGAUGAAUGUUCAAGGUUUCAAACUGUCAACAACAACACCAACAUACUUCCUGAAGUGCGUCACUUGUACAUUGAAGGUGUAAAUUCUCAAAGUAUUAACAUCAUUUCACAGUCCAAGUACCUACGUACUCUUAUCAUAUCAAGUGAGGAAAGCUCCAUUCAGAAAGAACUUCUGCAUGAUCUUAGGAAUGCCAUAAAAGGCAGAACAAGUUUGCGGCUCCUAAAGUUAUGUGGAAAUGCUUUUACUGGGAUGAACAAUGCUAUCUCUGAACUGAAGCACCUGAGGUACAUCUCUAUGUCGGUUACCAAGGAAUCCAAUCUCUGCAACUUGUUUAAGCUAUGUCACUUGGAGGUCCUUCAAAUCCUGAAGAUAGAGAAAGAAGAAAAAGAGAGCCCCAUUGAUAUAAGUAGCCUACGUCACUUGCAGAAACUGCAUCUUCCUAAAAAUUCUUUGUCGAGGAUACCCUACAUUGGAAGAUUGACUACUCUUCGAGAAUUGAACGGGUUCAGUGUGAGAAAAAUAGACGGCCACAAAAUAACCGAGUUGAGGGAUUUAAGGAUGAUCCAGAAAAUUAUUGUGCUUGAUGUCCAAAAUGUUAGCGAUGACACAGAAGCUUCUUUGGCUGAAUUGGAUAAGAAGACGGAUAUGAAGGUAUUGUCUUUUGGAUGGUCCGAUGUAGCUAGAACUGAUGAUCAGAUCCUUAAUAAGCUUAUUCCUAACAGCAAUCUCAAGCAUCUGAUUAUUUCUGGAUACGGCGGCAUUAAACCUCCAAUGUGGAUGGAAAUUCCGUACCUUUCUAAUUUAGUACAUCUGAAGCUUGAUGGAUGUUUGGAAUGGGACAAUCUCCCUUCUCUUGGCAGGUUAUUUACUCUGAGGCAUGUCUUUCUGGAGAACCUCCCAAAACUGAAAUAUAUUGUUAGGUCAUUCUAUGGCUCCGAUGCUUACAGUUAUAGGGGAAAAUGGAUGAAAGGAUCUGGUCCUGAGGGAUUGCCUCCUCAUCUAAUUACAUUUGUUGUGAAAGAUUGCCCAGAGCUGUUAGAGCUACCUGAUCUGCCCUUCAGUCUGCGGCAUUUGGGGAUAGAUGCAGUUGGAAUCUCUAAUCUGCCAAACAUGUGUCAUCACAAGGGAUCAAAAGGUGUUUCCACAAUCGAUCCACAGCUUUCUAUUCUGCAUAUAGAGUCGUGUGAUCUUUUGAUUUCUCUAGAUGGGUGUUUCUUACAAGAGGAACACUACAAAGCUCUCAGCGUACUAAAACUUUUCUGUUGCCAUGAACUGAGGUCCCUUCCGGUUGCAGCAGAUUUCGAACGAAUAUAUAAAUUGGAGAGUGUUGAAAUUGUUCGAUGUAAUAGCCUGUCAUCUCUGGGUGGUCUAGGAGCUCUUUCUGUUCUUAAAUCACUGAAAAUAGAGAAGUGUGGUAAUCUGGUUACUAGUUCAUCAUCAAGGCCCCUACCAGCAUCUGUAGAAAGUACCAACCUAAAGCUUGACAUGCUUGCAAUUGAUGACCAUCUGCUACUUCUUUUGAUUCCAUUAAGGAACCUAUGCCUCACUAAAAGGCUUAUAAUAUCAGGCAGGUCUACAAUGGCCGAGUUGCCUGGGGAAUGGUUGCUGCAGAACAGUGAUCACCUAGAGCACAUAGAAAUAAGCAAUGCAGAACUGCUGAAAUCUCUGCCUUUGAAGAUGAACGAUUUGCACGCCCUUCGGAGUUUUUCUGUACAUAACACUCACAUCCUUCAAUCUUUCCCAUCCAUGCCACCGAACCUAUGGGUCCUUACCAUCCAUGGUUGCUGCCUUGAGUUGAAAGAAAAUUGCCAGGUCGGUGGUUCUGAGUGGUCAAAGAUAAGUCGGAUCCCUAUUUGUCGCAUAUCUCCAAGAGUAAAUGAAAGACAAUGAGUUAUACAUUCUCGAGGGAAGAGCUCAACUGGAUGUUGGCUAGAAAACACAAACCUUUGAGGUAAUCAACAAGUGUUCAAGGUUUUGCAUAUGCAGACUCAUAAGAAGUGCCUAUGAGAAGUAAAAAAGGGUCCAAAGAAGCCAAGUUAUCCAUCAAUGUAUAGUUUACAGAGAUGAUUACUUGUUCUGGGCCAAUUUGAAUGGACGGAGACAUGGAAGAAGAAAAAAUGACUUUGUCAGGACUUAUUGUAAUAGUAGUAAUUGAUUAUUUUCUCAAACAAUAUAGUAGGUACAGUACUUGUUCACAACGCUGUAUUUGGUGAUUAAUUAGUCAUGCGUAGGUCAGGAACUUCUAUGUACAGAAUCCCAAGAACUGAACCAAUCUGGAUACUAGUACAAAGUACAUAUGAGCUCUAGAGUUUGUUUUGCUGCCAAUAGAUUUGUAUUUCUGAUUUGUGCUGGAAGAACACUUUUUCUCUAAAAAGAUGUGCUGGAAGAAUAGAGGUGUCGUGCACUGGUGCAAAGCUUCUAUUGGUUCUGGAUCAGUGUUCAAUAAAAAUUAUGGACUUUGGCCUGUC